CCUCAGACGCCUUGAGGUGCACAUGAGGCUAGGAAGGAGGAGACGAUUUGGCCAUUUUUUUCCCCGCCUCUUUCUUCGGUCGGAACUGCAUGCAAGGUGGGGGCCGGCCGGGGCCUGUCCCUUUAAGGUGCCUGUAGGUCGCCCGCCUCCUGGCGAGUGCCGCCGAGCGGAGUGGCUGCCGAGGUCCCGCCGCCGUGGUCGUCCCACAAGCCAAAGCCGGGGGCCGGGCUGUCGACAUCCAGUGCAGAUGCUGUCUGGAGGUCCCAGAAAUUUCCUGCCCACAAGGAACAUGAGGGUGUGGUACACCACCGUGCCAGCACUAGUUAGCAUGAUGUUGUUUUUCUCAAUCCAGCCAUCAAUGUGCUGCAACAAGGCUCUGUGCGCUAGUGAUGUCAGUAAAUGCUUAAUACAGGAGCUAUGUCAAUGCCGGCCAGGUGAAGGAAACUGUUCAUGUUGUAAGGAGUGUAUGCUUUGUCUAGGCGCACUUUGGGAUGAAUGCUGUGACUGUGUGGGGAUGUGCAAUCCUCGCAAUUACAGUGACACACCUCCAACUUCCAAGAGUACUGUUGAAGAGCUGCAUGAGCCAAUCCCUUCCCUCUUUCGGGCACUCACAGAAGGUGACACACAGUUGAACUGGAACAUUGUUUCCUUCCCUGUUACAGAAGAAUUAUCGCAUCAUGAAAACUUAGUCUCGUUUCUAGAAACAGUGAAUCAUCCUCAACAUCAAAAUGUCUCUGUUCCAAACAACAACGUCCACAUAUACUCCAAUGACAAAGAACGCAUGUGUACAGUGGUUUACUUUGAUGACUGCAUGUCAGUACAUCAGUGCAAGAUCUCUUGCGAAUCUAUGGGUGCAUCGAAAUACCGAUGGUUUCAUAAUGCCUGCUGUGAAUGUAUUGGACCAGAGUGUAUCGACUAUGGCAGCAAAACUGUAAGAUGCAUGAACUGCAUGUUUUGAAGCAGAAAAGUUGACUCAUAAUAUGGACACUAAAGUUUUUAUAGUGAAACAGAUUGAACUUGUUAGUAUUGUUUGAUAAUGUAAUAACAAGCACAGUGACUAGAGAAGAUGUAUACAAUUUUAAACAUUUAAUUCCCCC